CAUUAAAUCUAUCCAAAAGAAGCGAAUAAAGGAACAUUGCGUGUAAUAGACAGAACACUCUUGCGCUUGUUUAUAUUACAGCCAAAUCUAAAUUGUCAACACAUCACAGACGGAUGUAGAUUAAUUGUUAAAGCUGUAAACGGGAAGGAUCUGCCUGCGGUCACGUCACUGUCAAACCCCACAUACCUGGGCAGGAGCACGCGGGGCGUUUGCGUACAGAGAACAGAAAGAUUAGGAAAAGGGAUUUAUUUUUCUGUUUGAACCGGAGAUGGGGGAAUGUCCGGAUCAGGACAUCGAGAAUCUCAUUAAGGAGAUGGACUACAUCCCGGGUCAUUUCCACCUGGAGCUGAAUUUGAACUCCGAGCUGGAGCAACCGGAGCGGCUGCGGCGGAGGGACGGGCAGCUGAAGCGGGAGAGCCUGAGGCAGGAGGCACCGCAUCCAGCCCAGCGCCUCGCCCAUCGCAACCUGCUCGGCGUCUUCGCGUUCCACCUGGACGAGUACCAAGCGGCCGAGGAGCUCUUCUCCAGCAUUUGCCAAGAGGAGCCGGGCAACCUCAACGCUUGGGCCAACCUGGCCUACGUGUAUGACCGGCUGGAGAGGGAAGGGCAGGCGGCCGGCUGCGUGGAGCGGCUGUCUCGACUCAUGGGGCUGAAGGGGGGCGAAGAGGGCGAGGACGCCGAGUCCUUGCUCCCGCUCCGCGCCGCCCGCUGCAUAGCUGAACACGCCUUCGCCAGCGCGUUCGACGUGGGGCUGCAGAGCGAGGAAGAUCACGCCUGCAAAUUGCGCACAGCCAUCGGGCUCUACGACAAAGCUCUGACAUAUGGCAGGGACCAGAUACCCUCAGAAGAAAAAAGGAGUUGGUAUUUUACAAUGGCCACCAUGUACAUUAGACUGGAUGGAAUGUUAAUGAACAAGGAAGCACCUGCUCAGAAACGCCUGCUGCCUUUCAAUAGAGCUUUGGUGUUACUGCGGGAAGUGCUCAAGUCUGACAGUGCUGAAUAUCGAGCUCUUGCUUGGUGUUAUCUGGGAAUGAUGUUGAAGCGGGAGGACUCGUUCCCUGCGACUCCAAUGGCAAUUCAUGAUUGUGGCUUUUCUGGGACUGAUCCGCUCAACUGUUAUGGACAGGCUAUUGAAACAGCAAAAACAGAUCCGCUUAUUUUGAACCGUCUUGCCAAAGUUUUUCAUUUCCUUGGGAAACAGGACAUGGCAAUUGGUAUCUGUAACAUGAGCCUGAAUAUUGUUCCAGACCCCAAGUCAAAUUGGCAAGCUUACAGCACGAGAGCAAAGGUUUCUAUAAAACAAUAUAUUCAGGACCUCGAGCGUGUUAAGAUGGGGCAGAGUGGUGUGCCAGACAGAAAGCUGCUAACCAGAGCAAAAACUGAUUUGGAUUUAAUAUUGCUUGUCUGCCCCUGUCUGAAAAUUUACCUGGAUCUGGGGCAGGUAUAUUACUACAUGGGUGUUGAUGCCGUGCAGGAACUCCAGCCUGUGGAUGAAAAUGCUCUGAACAGAGCCUUAGUGUUUUUUGCUAAAGCAAUGGAAUAUGACCUUGGAGACACUCUGCCUGAGAUCCAUUUCCUGAGGGGAAAGUGCUUACAGGUCAAAGGUGAGGAACACAAUGCAGUUGAAUGCUUCAAGCGGGCAAUCGAACUGGAUGAUGUAGGCUCCCAGUACUCCGAGAGCUUCCGUCGUCUCAUGGAGCUGUUGCUGUCACUGUUCACCCAGGGAAGCUCCAGUGAGGAGACUGUAAUCCAGGAGGUGGAAGAGUGGAUGGAAAAGGCUGAGGCAAAGUAUCAGACGAAGAGGGUCAAACAGGAAUUGCGCGCUGUGUGUCGAAAUCAUAUGCCAAAGAUCCUACAACUCUCCAGGGCUAUGAUUACAGCUGGGAAGCUGCAAGUUGUAAGGUUUCUGUUGGAAAUAAUGAGCCCGGAACAUACCUGAGCUAAUAAAUACUUGAACAAAGUAGUGAGUUGAGAGACGACCUUCUCCGCAAGUCCACAUGAAGGCAGUACUUGAUCCUGAUGGGCUCGUGUCAAUUCUCUCUGCUUUUUAUGGCAGAAGAAACAAACUCUGGAUGGCCUGCUCGCUAAUUAUAAUCUCAUGUUUCCACAAUCAUUUUACCUUUCUGAUGAGUGAGCAGCAAAAUGUUUCAUGCUUCUGGGAUAUAAUGUCUUGAAGAAGGGUCUCGGCCCAAAACAUCAAUUGUUUAUUCAUUUCCAUGGAUGCUGCCUGACCUGCUGAGUUCCUCCAGCAUUUUGUCUGUGUUGCUUGGGAUAUAAUGCAUUCAAACUACCUCAACACUGUGUUACAUUCAAACUGAGUCAAUACAAAAUCCUGAGUAGGUAGAAAGUUAAAAUAAAACUUGACCUCUCAGCCUCCCAAAGAACAAUUUGAUU